AUGUCUUGCUCAUUAUUCGUUGCAGAAGUUCGAGGGUCCCGAAAAUGUUCAGUUUGCAGAUGUGACAUAUCGGCUCAUGAUCCGACGGCAAUAUUCGUGCAACCUCAUCGAAUCUUCUCCACCGCACCUCCAUUUGUGAACACCUCGCUGAGCGCCAGUGCGAGCUUUUCGAGAAUGCCGACGGUUCAUCGAGCCGACACGAGCUUCAAUAGCAUUAGUUCAAUUCCAAAGCAGCCUACAAACUCGUCGUUGUCUCCUUCGGAAAACUCGGCAUUCACAGUUUAUGCCCGACCUCAAAUAUCAUCUCUAUCAGACCAUAGAAGCAAUGGAGAUCAUGUAGUUUUGCGACCUGAACCUCGUCUUGCGGUUCCCCUUAUUCUACCGCGGCAAGAAGGUUCGGAUUCGAAUAUUUCGAAGAAGAUUCGCACAAAGAGACGCGAGCGUCCGCGAAGUGUCGGCUUACUCGAUUUGGGGCCUUCGAUAUUUGCGAGCAGCGAGGAAGAGGGCGAGCGACGAGUUCCCGAGCAGCGCUCGCACGAUUUUCAAAAAAUCCUCAAACGAUUUCAGUCUGCCGAUAAAAAGAACUCUCCACGAAUGACCCCACCGCACGGGACCACCUCAUCGUGGUCGACGCCGCACAAAAUCGGAGGAUCUCAAGAUUCUUGGAAUCAUGCGCUGCCGCCGCAUCACCCACACCGCGGCAGUUUGAACUCUAAUUUAAUGGACAGUCCGGCGAACUCAAGAAAUACAUCAGCAAGAUCAAGACUCAGUGUUUCUUCCGCACAAAGUCCUCACUGUUACCUUCCAACAAGAGAAUCUUCACCGCGCAGUAUCCCAAUCCCUUCAAUGGUCCCUAUGCGUCCAGACAGCUCUCCCGAUAUAACAAUAAAUGAGCUUCACCAUUCGCCAUUAAGUCAUACCGGUUCUACCCCAGAGCCAACAAAAACAAAAGCGCAACCGAUCCGCCGAUCGUCUUAUACUGCUGGCUUUCAUCAGCCACAUACCGACAUAUACGGAACACGUUGGGUAAAGGAAACAGAUGUAGAUGAUCCGCUCUCAAUUCCUAUGAUGAGUCCAGUCGGAUCGUCAGGAUCAUCAUGUGAUGCGCAUUUAGUCGCAUUACGAAGUGCACCACUAUCAAAAGUGCCAAGCAUGGAGAAAAUAGAUGGAUCGAGAAAUAAUUCCCGCCUGUAUAAUAACCGAAAUUGUCGUCGUUCCGUGUUUUCUGGAACUCCAAAUCAAGGAGCAAAUGGUGUAUACGUACGUCGAAGUAGAUCAAAAGAUGAUCGGCCAUCGUUGAGCUACUUGUCCAACUAUAUGGAUAGCCAACGUGAGUGUAUCUCGCCUCCAAGAACCACCUCGAUUCCCGCAUUUAUGUCACAAGAAAGCAUUGCUCAGACGAGCAGCAUCAUCCAUUCUCCAAUAAACAGUCCGAUUCAGUCGAUUCAUAAUAUUGUUCAAACUGGCAAAAGUCAGCAGAAUAUCGCCAGUGAUGAAAUGUAUAAGCAUUAUCAACAGAUGGCUCUUUCACACGUUCACACGCUUAACGUCGUCGCUGACAAAUUGUCGGAAGAGAGCCGACGCGGCGAGGAGCCUGUGAGCCGCAAUCGAUUGGCUCAACUCGACUUCACUUCGUUUGUUGUCACUUCUCCUCAUCCGAUUCUUACCAAGGGCAAGAGCCUUUUCUACAACGCAGUUUUGCCGAGACAAGGUCUUCCAGAUUAUCUUGUCACUCUUAUGAUAGCACCAUGCUCCCAAUAUGCUCCAUUAAUGCGAAAAACCGAAUCAAAUCAUUUCGGUUUGCCAGGAUUUUUGGAAAUUGAGGAUCAUGAAGGAUCAAUCAAACAGUUUUUAUACGAUACCGGAACUCAAAACCUUGAUGGUCGUAAUGUGAAAGUGAUUGCGAUGCCUCGAUUGAAUCUUUGCUCUUUCCAUUCUCUUGCCGCUCAUCAACUUAAUCAGAGACUUGAUCGUACUCAUCAUGAAGAGCUCGUCUCGUUCAUUUUGCUCCAGCUUCUUCAAGCGCUCAAAAUGCUUCAGGGUGAAGGUGUCGAAUCAUUGAGCACAAAUUUCAAAGAGUUUCUGUUAGCAUAUCGCUAUCAAAAUAUUAGUAGCACUUUCGAAUUUCCUCGUCUUUUAUUUUUGCCGGAAACUCUUGGAGCAGAAAUUGAAAUCGGCGGAGAUGAGCUUGUGGGUCUCUGCCGAUAUGCUCUUCGAGCCCUUUGCACAUUAUUACAUCACAAAAUGGAUGGAAAAGCUCCUGUCAUCAAAUUAAGGUCACGUUUCUCUCGUGCGUUAUCCGCUUGUGCGAUUCUGCUACAGGAAGACAAAUCCAAUAGUUUGACAAAAGCAAAGAACGUCCUCGAACUCGCUUUAUGGUCAUCCGGUGAGCAUUUCAAAAACGAGCAAGAUGCUCGUGUUUGGAUUGACACUGCUCGUGCUGAAUGUGUCGAUACAAUGCUUCGGCAACUGAUCAGUGAACCUGGUCGCAGUUUAGGAGCUCGAGAGCGAUUCCGUGUCGAAUUCCUUCUCGCUGCCACACCGCGCUCAAUAAUGGAGUCGCAACGAGCGACACUCGCUGCAAACGUUGACUAA